AUGAGUGAUGAUAAGUCAAGUACAUCUAUGAUUUUAGAUGUGGCUUGGGCAGAACUGGAUAAUAAAAACCAAGAUUUUAUAUAUGCAAAAGAUUUCCCAAACCUAGUUAAUAUUAUUAACAAUUUCCUUAAUAGAUCUUCCAAUGAUGGCUCGAAACAUACACUUUUAUCAAGUACUGGUGAAAGUGUAAUAAAUACAUUUGCAAAAGAAAAAGAAUUUUUUAAAAUAUAUAAGGAUGAAUUCAAAGAAAUAUUUUAUGGAUUAAUAGGGAAAUCAUUUAAGGAAUUGGUGAAUGAAUCUAUUAAUUUUGGUGAAAUCGAUAUAAGCCAUUUAAAAGAAAAUGUUAAGAUGUCCAAAAAAGGAGACCAAGAGUCACCUUAUAGGCAUGAGAAUGAUCAUGCUCAUCACAUUUUAAAUAAUUCUAGCUCAAAUAUAUAUAAUAGCAGUGCUGAUAAUGUACAGACUAAAAUAUAUGGGAAUGAUGAGAGUAAUGAUGAAUCAAUUCUAAAGUUAAAAGAAAAUGAAAAUAUAAUUGAAUCUCCACUACGAAAUUUAAGCUAUAAAAGAGAAUUGGAGAAUGAUUUAUUAAUUACAAAAAAAGAUUUGAAGUUUAAAGAUGAUAUUAUAAUGGAAAAGGAUAGGGAAAUCAUCGAAUUGACUAGAAAAGUAGGUGAUUUAAAGGAUAAAUAUAAUUUUUUACAGAGGGAAUUUAGUUUUUAUAAAAAAAGAGGAGAAAAUAGGAAUAGUUUAACCACUGAUGAUGAUAAAACAAAUGACGAAACAAAUUUAAAUAUCCAAAAAAAUGAUGUGACAAAGCAUGAGUUUAUAAUUGAUGAAAUGAAUAGAAGAAUACACGAGCAAAUGUUAAUAAUUAAUGCUUUAAAAGAAGAGUUACAAAAUGAUAAUCCAAAUGGCAACUCAAAAUUUGGAUAUCUAUAUAAUAGCAUGAGAAAACAACUGUCGAGAAACCCAUCGUAUUCUUCUACCCUUUAUGUUAUAAUAUCAAUAUUCUUUUUUUUAUCAAUAGUAGUGAUAAGUGGAUCGACAAUAUUUACUUCUUUUAGCCAAGAUGACCGCAUGGGUGCUUAUGAUUCAUAUAGAUACAAAUAUUUAGAAUCAUUUGGUGCAUCAUGGUGGGAGCAAAACACACUACUACGGUUCAUCAUGAAUUUGUUCUUUGGCAAAGGAACUGAACCAUAUGAGUUCAGUGACCCUUAUGUGACAACGGCUGCUUCUUCUAAUGCAUAUGAUAACUUAUUUAAUCAAUAG